UGGACUUGGCAACCCUAUAUUUCAAUCAUUAGAUUUAUGUCAAAAUCACAUAAAUAUUUAUUUUAUAAAUUGUUCAAUACAUUUCAUAGAGACAAGUCCGAAAUCAAAUCAUUUGGAGAAAGGAGAAAAUCUGUUUAUAAUAAAUUUGAUCUGGUGGCCUUUGCAACAGUAUUGUAAUUCUUCGGAAGUAGUAGUAGUAGUAGUCUGUGAAAAAUAUCAAGAUAACUUUACACAUUGGACAACCUACUCACUGGAAGAGAUGAGUCCUAUUGAGAGUGUACCAAUGGCGGUACUUCAUUGUGUUGAUGAUUAUGUUGAGCUUCUGUAUGAUGAUAUUCCAGAAAAAAUUAAGGGAUCAGCACUCAUACUACAGCUGGCCAGAAAUCCUGAUAAUUUGAUUGAACUAGCUAGAAAUGAAGCUCUGCUCAGUGCUCUUUCGCGUGUUCUAAGAGAAGAGUGGAAGAGAAGUAUUGAACUGAGCACGAACAUUGUUUACACAUUUUUCUGUUUCUCAACAUAUAAUGAAUUCCAUCCAGUUAUUAUACAAUAUAAAAUUGGUUCACUGUGUAUGGAUGUUAUUGAUUACGAAUUAAAAAGGUAUGACCAAUGGAAAGAAAAAGUAGAGGGAAAAAAACAAAUAGUUACUCCAGAUAAAAAUGAAUUACCUAAAAGUCGUAUCCCAGAACCAAAACGUCGACCAAAGUCUGGCACAUGGGCUGUUGCUGAUGUAAACAUGCAAAAAACUAGAUCUUUGGUGUCUAGUUACCACGAGGACCUUUGCAGUGCUUCUGAUGAAUGUUUGUCCAAGAAUGAUGAAGAACAGAUGAAACGGAAACUCAAAACUUUGUCCAAGAGGCAAGAACAACUACUGAGAGUAGCGUUUUAUAUGUUGCUCAAUAUAGCAGACAAUGUCAAGGUUGAAGAGAAAAUGCACAAAAAAGAUAUAGUCGGAUUAUUGAUGGGUGCCAUGGAGAGACAUUCUAAUAUUGACUUGCUUAUUCUCAUCGUGUCAUUCUUACAAAAGCUAUCUAUUUUUGUUGAAAAUAAAAAUAGUAUGGCAUCGCGAGGAAUAAUCGAGAAACUUUCUCCAUUGCUUGAUUCUUCAAACGCUGAUUUAGUAAAUGUCACUUUGAAAUUGUUAUUCAAUCUAACUUUUGAUACUAAAUUACGCAACAAGAUGAUCAAAAUUGGAUUAUUGCCGAAAUUCAUUCAAUUUACAAGUGACGAUAAACACAUAAAUUUAUCUAUGAAAAUUCUAUAUCACUUGAGCAUGGACGAUCGUGUCAAGAUGAUGUUCACUCAAUCAGAUUGCGUUAAAUUAUUGACGGACAUGCUGCUGCUGAACGUGAACGCGGAGCCGUGGUCGGGCGGCGGGAAUGGGGGUACGGAGGUGCUCGUGGCGCUGUGCGUGAACAUAUCGUGGUGCGCGCGCGCGGCGCAGCAGAUGUCGGCGGAGGGGCGCCUGCGCGAGCUGCUCGCGCGCGCCUUCCGCUACCGCAACGCCAUGCUCAUGAAGCUCGUGCGCAACCUCUCGCACCAUCAACAUUGCAAACCGCUAUUUGUGGAGUUUGUCGGUGACAUCGCAGGUGCAGUCACAAAUACCGACACGAACGAAGAGUUUCUAGUCGAGUGCAUGGGCACACUCAGCAACAUAUUAAAUCCGAACAAUAUAGAUAUUUAUGCCGUCGUCGAGCGAUACAAUUUGAUACCCUGCAUCAUGAAAAUACUAGACCCAGAGGGUGCUGCACCGCCGGAACUGGUGCUGGAGGGCGUGGUGAUGGCGGGCGCGCUGGCGGCGGAGAGCGGCGCGGCGGCGGCGCUGGUGCGCGCGGGCGGCGGCGACGCGCUCGUGGCGCUGCUGCGCCUGCGCCAGGCCGACGACGACCACGUGCUGCAGACCGUGUUCGCCUUCCGACAGCUGCUGGCGCACCCGCGCGCCGCCGACCACCUCGUCCAACGCACCGAGGCUCCAGCUUAUCUUAUAGACCUAAUGCAAGAUAAAAAUGCGGAAAUAAGAAAAAUGUGCGACUCGUGUCUUGAUAUCAUAUCUCAAAUGCAAAAUGACUGGGCAGCUCGAAUAAAGGUGGAAAGAUUCCGUUGCCACAACGGGCAGUGGCUGGCGGUGGUGGAGACGCUGGGGGCGGAGGGCGGGGAGGGCGCGGGCGGUGCGGGGGACGCGGGGGCCGCGGCCGACGCCGCCGACGACCUGCCGCCCUACCUCUCCGCAGAGUACCUCACCUCGCACCGGCUCACCACCUCGGAUUCCCAAACUUCGCUUAAUGAUGAUUCCGACAGUCUGUCGGACGAGGGUGAUUUACAUAAAGUAAAAGAAAAUAUAAGACACAGGACCUCGGCAGAACAUCUUAAAAGCGAAUCAAAUGAAAUGAUUAAUUCUUCGUCAGGAAAAGUCAUGGAAAGCACAGACUUUAACAAUGAUCUCAGCGUUUUUACGUAAUCUGAUAUUUCAAAACAUAAUUAUAGCUUUCAUAACCAUGGCGGAUUCAAGUUACGGUGUCACGGUUGGAAAUAUAUAAGAAUGUGCUAUAUAUAUUAUUUACCUUUAUUUAUAAAGUCAUUUCACCAGGCACUUCUCAUUUCGGCAGUCUAUUUUCCUAUAAUAUAUUUUGAUCACAGCAUGAACUCCCAUAAGAUUAGUUAUAUAUCGCUGAAAAUUUUGUAAUGCUUGUUUCAUAUUAUACCUACUUGUAUUAGUAAUUAUUUAUUCAUACUAAUAUAUUAUGUAUAUUCCAGAGAA